AUGUUGGAAUUGUCACCAACGGCCGAACCAUUUCGCGCCAUGGCAGCGGCCGCUGAUCACUCAAGGCACACUCCAUCCUCAUUUUUCAACGAGCUCGAGCAGCUCGUGGCGGACCUCGAAGCUAGUUUCUUGCAGAGCGAGAGGACGUUGACCUUGCACAAUACUCAGGACAUGAGCUCGUCAUUGAGGAUUGAGAAGGAGAAUCGUCAGAGGCUGCUGCAGAAGAUUUCGCUGCUGGUGUCUGCACAGAAGAAGCUGAUGAGGGAAGACAGUGUUAGCGACAACACGGUCGACGGCAGCAGACUCAGUCCAAAGGGCCUGGACUCUUCGCAGCAAGACUGGAAGUUCAAUGCCUUGCUGAGAAUGAAAAAGUUUCUCCGCAAGCAAUACCGCACAAAGAAGAACAGGAUGAUGGAGUUCAUUUCAAAGCCCAGCACGCCGUCAGAAGAUAUAGAGAGUGAGCGCUCUCAGUUAAUGCAGCUUGCAACAGACAUCAAGUCGAUUGACUUCGAGAUCCGCCUCCUCUCAAACUCAAAGACUGUUGUGCAAGACAAAGGUCGUCCAGUCGAACACGAGCUGAGCUCAGAAUAUAAAGGCCUGACCUCGGAGGACGCUGCCACAGGAGGGAAAGUCUUGGAUGGAAUAAUCGGGCAGAAAUCAGCACUAAAAGCCGUUCGUCGAAAUCUCCUUGACCUGUACAAGGAUGAUGGCACUCAGGAUCAGCCAGCUGCCCAGGAUGCAGAUCCGCAUCAUGAACAACAGGAUGCGAGAGGGAGCGAGCAAGUUGAAGCAAUAAGUGGAUCCCCCAAACCUGCACCUGCCGCUCUUGAAGCAGAUUCAUCUUUGGAAUCGCAAGGCAAAGAAGCUGACAAGGCUGAAGGCCACAAAAUUCCUCCAGCUGGAGAGAUUUUGAGCGAUCACCUCGACCUGGAUGUUGAAGAGGUGGAUUGGCAAGCAGAGGGCGACAGAGGCGCGAAGGAGGAUAAGGAUCCUACGAGCCAGCGUUUUGACAUCCUUGACUCUAAACUCGAUGACCCUGCUUCCAAGAAGCUCGUUACAACACUCCAAAAGAUUCUGUACAUGCUUGUGAUGGUUUGCCCCUCGAUGUCUGAAUGCGUCUGGUUCAGGUCUGGACCUCGAGAGGGAAGAGCAUCCAAGGUUCACACCUUGCCGUCAUUCUCCUGCGGCUCUGAGAAUCAGAAUUUGCAGGUAGACGAAGUUGCCUCGAUGGCCUCGGACUGCGCGAUCUGUCUAUCUUGCAGCUCAGACGAUCACAACAAGCAAGACCGACUAGAUGUGGAUGAAGUCGGGCUCAUCCUCGAGGACAUGGGAGCUCAGGAUAUGAUCAGCAUUGACAACGUCGACAGCAUUCAGCAUGAUCUCAGCGGACAACUUUGGUACUCCCCGCAGAGAGGACAGAGCAACGAGUCUUUCAUUGAGGGGAACUCCCUCCUGUGUGACUUCGAAGAGAUGCCUAUCCCUCAGGUGGGAAGGAGCAAUGGAGAGCUCGAGGCGCGAAGUUUACCGGUGGACUUGCAGGAGUCUCAAGCUGAGGUUGUCUCGUACGUGGACUGCCCAACGCCCACGGGGGAACCCUCGGAAAAAGUGAACAAGGCGUUGCUGCUUGCGUUCGAUGACUGCCUGCAAGCUGAGAAAACGAAAGAAACCUCGGACCCUGUCGUCCGGACGCUCUUCGGGGCCUUCGAUGCAUGUGUUGAGGUGAAGGCCAAUGAAGCUGUCGAGUCCAAGAGUUUGAAGCAAGAGACUCCUGCUCCUGACCAACAGAAAGCGGAGGAAAAGAAGUCGAACAGCUCGAGGUCUAGUGAGAGGUCGCCGACUGUUUCCUCCGCUAGGAACAGACUCAGGAGGCCAAACAGCGCAAAUGAGAGAGACAAGACGCUGAACAGGGAGGAAGUUCAAGAAGACUCCAAGAAUAUCAAGUCCGGGGUGCCUCACCGGGCCAGCCCCUCCAGCAGCCCUCCUGGAGCUCAUAAGAGCGCGAAGAAUCCGCGAGCAGUGAUCUUGAGCCCUCUCCAGAAGCAUCAGCUCAACAACAAGGUGGACCUGAUGGCCUCCAUGCGCCUCGCUCGCAAGGGGACGGGCAUGCACGUGGUGCAAGCGAGGCAGUACCCGGGGCAAGAGGACGCGGAGAGCGAGCAUGGGAGCGCAUGCCAGAGUGAGACUGGUGUGUGUUCCAAUCAGAGCGAGGUAGAGAGCAAGUGCAGCUCUCGGGUAUCUGACAGCUUCCAGCUCAAGAUCGGAGGCAAGAGGGUCCUUCCGCCGCGGGUCAACGGACAGGGAGUAACGUCGAAGCAGUUGUGCCGAGCUCCUCCGCUUCCUGAUGCGGAGGCUCCGGGCAAACCUGGCCAGUUCCUCCCCCUUCCUAAGCUGGGCGCAGGCGACAGGGUGAUGGAGGAAGGGGACAAGGGUAAGGACGCGGUGAACGAAGAGGUUCUUGAUGCCCUGCGAGAAGCAGCAGUGGAGAAGCUGAAGAUAUAUCGCAAGGUUUAG